UCGAACAAGCCUCUCAUUAGAUGUAGCACCUGUUCAUCUUGGACACGCCCCUUUACGGCGUUAAAGGGCGUGUCUAAGUGCGGCGAAAAGACAGUUCUUGCUCUGGAGGAAUAUUGUACAUGUACUCGACAACAGUUUUCCAACAAAGUAUGCUGUAAUGCAGGACAGCAGAGAGCAAUGUGACGAUUCAUCUCAAUGCGCCACAGAAGAUGACAUGACAGAGGGGGACCUGGGGGAUGGCAUGGGGGCCAGAUCCAUAGGACAACAUGACACAAGCCGUGUCUCACUGAUGAAGGGGAAAUUUUGGGACUUACUGUCCCAGUCACGUCAAUUCAAAAGAGGCAGCGAGGGAAACAAUGAGCCCUUCUCUUGGAUAUCAUGCAGAGCCAUGUAUGCAGUCUUUAGGGAAGAACUAGAAGCUGAACGAGUUGUGAGGUGUCAAAAAAGAGAGUCUGAAAGUUCUUCUGAGGACACAAGUGAGGAACUGCAAAGAAGACUACAGGAGGUCACAGAGGAAGUGGAGCUUUUACGCACCGAAUUAGAAGUCACCCAUCGCCACCUGGAGGGGAAACAUGAGGCUCUAAGGAUCUUGCAAGGACAGGCAAUCUUGGACAAAGCAACUUGUCAUACUAAAACCUUGCUUCAGAAGAGUGAGCAGAGGACCAAAGCCCUAGAAAAGGAAGUGAAUGCUUUGCAGUGGGAAAUAACCUUUAACCAGGUGCAGUUCAAAAAUGUGGAAAACUCGUGGAGUUUAAAGUAUGAAAGGGUGUUAACAGAAAAUGAAGCACUGAAGAAAGAACUAAAUGAAAGGAUGACAGCGAAUCGGGAGUUGACAUUAGAAAACGCAUCUCUGAGCCAAAAAUGCGUGGAGCUCCUCUCAAUGCUUAGCGUUAAGGAAAGAGAAGACUUCCAGAGUUCCCAGCCAUCAUGCAGCUUGGGAACAGACGGUUCAUUGGAGUUGGCAGUGUAUGGGGCGUGCCAGUGUUCCUUUAAUGGGUGUGAACCGUGCUCUUGUGCAAGAACAGCUGCUGCCAGUCGCAAACAAGUGCUGCACCUCAAGCAAGAGCUGGAGCAGCAGCAGAAGAGAAAGGAAGAGGCUUAUGUAAUGAUGGAUGCUUUCCGGAUCGCCUUUGAGCAGCAGCUAAGGAGAGUCGGUGAGAACAUGCUUUGUCAGGCUGAGACCAGCAAAAAGCAGACGCAUAACCAAAGACAUGAGGGAGGGAGGAAAGGAUCACUCACUGUAGCCGAAAGGCUGAAAAGGUUUUUGCCUGCUGUUAUGGAAGGCAAGAUGCCAACUGACUCCAAUGAAACACUACAUGUGCUGCUUGAUCUGUUAAGUGAUAAAGAAGAGGCCUUGGCACAUCAGAGGAAGGUAAGCUACAUGCUGGCACGAAACACUGAAGACAUGGAAAAACGUCUAAGGAUGCAACUAGAAGAGCUGGAAAUCUCACACAGAGGCACCAGCGCAAAAACAGAGGCAUUGGAAGAGAACGAAUGGAGCAGAAAUAAAGACUCUCCGUCUCCGGACAGCCGUGAAUCACAAGAUUUGUCUUUCACCGAUGACCUUGCAGCUGAUGGUGUCCUAAGCUCGAAACCGAACGAUCCAUCUGCCGAAAUGAGAGAUGCUAAGCUUGACAAUAAAGAUUUAUAAAAAAAAAUGAGACCACUGUUCAGGCAUUUUGCCAGGAUUAUCUUUGAAUGAAGUGCCAUAGUAUGGUAUAACCUGGAAUACCAUAGGUGUGAGUGAAGUUUUAUAAUGUUUCAUAACUGUUCUGCAACAAACUGCCAAUAAUUAAUUCUUGUGUGGAUAUAAAGAAAUGAUAAUAAAUAAUAAAAUGAAAA